GGCCCCCAGUCCAACCCCCGGCCCGAGCUGGGGGGUUACGGGGGCGGUGCCGCCUCCUCUUCCUCGCCCAAAGAGGCCGAAGGGCGGCAGGACCAGAAGUACGACCCCUUCGACCCCACCGGCUCCAACCCCAGCUCGUCCCGCUCCAGCCCCAGCCCCGGCGAGGAGGAGGAUGAGGAGGAGGAGGAAGAGGACGAGGAGGACGAAGAGGAAGAGGAGGAUGAGGAGGAAGAGGAGGAGGAGGAGGAUGAGGCGUCGGCGCUGCCGGACGUGUCGCAGAGCAUCAGCCGCAUCUCGGAGACCUUGGCCGGCAUCUACGACGACAACUCGCUGAGCCAGGACUGCGAGAAGGACCCCGAGCCCCCCAAAACUCCCCCCAACCCCCCCGGCGCCGACUCCACCCUCCCCGAGGACGAGGAGGACGAGGAAGAGGACGAGGAGGAGGAAGAGGAGGACGAAGAGGAGGAGCGGGACGAGGGAUCGGCGGCGGAGCCGCGGCGCCGCGUCUUCGUG